AUGGCUGAGGAGGCUGUCGUCGGUAAGUCUCCGCCACUCGCACCCGGCCAAUCCGCGCUUUCUCAACAAUGUCUCUUCAGGACUGACUCCUCCCAACAGACUACUCGCUGGCAAAUCCAGACACGUGAGCAACUGCCGCGCAAAACAAUUCCGCCCAAUCAGCACUGACGAGACCACAGCCUGACCAAGUACAAGACAGCAGCUCAGAUUGGUCACAAAGUCCUCGACACGGUCUCAGGUAAGCCCCCUUCGGCCAUUGCGGCACUUUCACAUGCUGAUGCGCUGCAGGAUGGUGCAUCGAGGGCACGAAGAUCCUCGAGAUCUGCCAGCGCGGCGACAAGCUCCUCGAGGAUGAGAUCGCCAAGGUCUACAAGGGCAAGAAGAUCACCAAGGGCUUCGCCCAUCCAUGCACCGUCUCGCCGAGUUCCUACGUAACUCCUUACACGCCCCUUGUAUCCGAUGCCGAGGAGGCGGAGACGACACUGAAGCCCGGCGAGGCUGUGAAGAUUCAGCUAGGCGCUCAGAUUGAUGGAUUCGGGGCGAUAGUCUGCGACACAGUCAUUGUGCGUCCCAAGGGUGAAAGCGACAAGUCUCUGUCCGGCCGACCAGCAGAUCUCAUGCUCGCAACACAUUACGCAAACGAGCUUCUACUGCGCUUGAUUAUGCCACCGGGACUGUUGGCGCAAGGAACGGAAGAAGAGAAGAAGAAGGCACAGGCCGUCAAGCCAUACAGCCAGUCCAAGAUCACCCAGCUGCUGGAGAAGGUUGUCAAGAGCUACAACUGCAACCUCGUGGAGAACACCACGUGCUGGCUCUUUGACCGCAAUGAGAUCGAGAGCAAGAAGAAGAUUAUUCUCGCGCCCGGCGAAGGUGUGAAGGGUGAAGGCUUACCAGAAGUUGGCGAGGUCUGGGGCGUCGAAAUGGGCGUGAGUGUGGGCAAUGGCAAGGUCAAGUCUCUGCCAAACAGACCUACGCUGCACCGCAGAACCACGACAACCUACGGUCUCAAGCGCGACACUUCGCGAAAGACACUCUCCGAGAUCCAGAAGAAAUUCGGGACUUUCCCCUUCAGCUUGCGCCAGUUGGAUGACGAGAGAGCUGGCAAAGUGGGUGUGGUAGAAUGCGUCCGAGGUGGCGUUGUUCGCCAGUACGAGGUCAUCGGCUCGGCGGACGGCGACCCAGUCAGUCGCCUCUUCACCACGAUUGGUAAGUCUGAAAUAGUUCCUCUCCGACAUGUCGCUCCGCGAGUCGGGCUUGAGAAUUAUCAAAGUGCUAACACAUCAUAGCCAUCACCAAGAAUGGCCUUCAGCGCCUUGCCGCGCCUCCGCAGCCAGACAUUUCACAGUGGAAGUCGGACAAGAAGAUCACUGAUGAGGAAGUUCUGAAGAUUCUCGAGCAGCCACUGUCCAAAGUUAGCUCCAAGACCAAGAACAAGAAGAAGAAGAAGAAGUCGGCCAAGAAGGCUGCUCCAAAGGAGGAAGAAGAGGACGACGAUGACGAAGACGACGACAGCGACGACGAUGAGUGA